AUGCCCACUAGAAUCUAUCACCAAGAUUUCUCCAAAUUCCCCCCUUCAGACCACCCGUGUGACUUCGAGACGUCUGACCUCUGUGAAUAUGCCGCCACUGACCUGGACGGAGACUUCUGGGCGUGGGGUUGGGGAACGAAUCAAGAUUUGAAUAAUGCUCCGGAAAUAGAUCACUCGUACGGCUCAACCUACGGCCACUAUGUGUACCUAAGCCACCGUACUAACGAAGUAAAGAGCGAUGCUUUCCUUACAAGUCUUGUAGGUAGCAGCUCUGGUGCCAUGUGUCUGCAGUUCUAUCACUACAUGCAAGGUCGCGACACCUGGACCGGAUACCUAAAAGUGUACGUGAAGAACCCCGGUGUUAACAUCAUAGACAUCAGCCCAGUGUGGAUGGAGAGCGGGCCGAAGGGGGACAGGUGGAUCAUGAGCCGCAUUCCCUUGAACUUUGGAGGACAGUAUCAUGUGGUCUUUGUUGGCAACGAAGGUAAAGAGGGCGACAACAGCAUCAUCGCCCUGGACGACGUCGUGAUGUUGCAAAGCGAGUGUCCUGUUGCAGCCACCUGUAGCUUCGAAGACGGCCUCUGUGACUGGCAGAACGAGCUGGGGUACGACGACCUCGACUGGGUCAUGAACCAGGGAGCGACGCCCACGCAGGACACCGGCCCGAAAUUCGACCAUACACUGCAGACUGCCUUGGGCCACUAUAUGUACAUUGAAGCAGAUGAGGGCAGUCCGACCGACUAUGCUCUGUUAACGUCACCCUUAAUAGCUGCAGGAGAAUACUGUUUCGAGUUCUACUACUACAUGUACGGCGCUAAUAUAGGAGGGUUGGCAGUCCAGACGGUGGUGAAUGGCGUAGAGAGGACGAAAUUCCAAGUAUUUGGGAAUCAAGGAGAGGAAUGGAAAUUGGGUAAAGCAACACUCAAAGAAGAGGAGGAGUUUACCGUUCAGCUGAGAGGAGUGUUGGGCAGCGGUCCUCUCUCAGACAUGGCCAUCGAUGACACCUGGACCACUAAUAAGGCUUGUCCUGUUGAUCCUGGCCAGUUCUUGUGUUCCGACGGGACUGGAAUAAGUUAUGAUAAGGUGUGUGACUUCAUUGCCGACUGUCCUGAGAAGAAUGACGAAGAUGUCUGCGGUGAUUGUAACUUCGAGAUGGGCUCUUGCGGUUGGACAUUCCUCAACACAAACGACAACAUCUGGAAGCGAGGUCGGAACAUGACAGAGGACUCGGGUGUUGAUUAUGUAUACGACCACACACUGGGAACAGACGCCGGGUAUUUUGUUUACACCAGCGAGCAACCCAGCGACGUAGAGGGACCUGCUGUGAUGGUUACCAAUCCCCACCACAAUUCACAUCUUCAGUGUGUUAUGGAGUUCUGGUUUAGAGAGAACUCAGUAAUCGAGUCAGGGCGCCACGUGCAUCUUACCGUGAGCGUUAAUCACAAUGGCCAAUCUACUCCAAUCUUCUUCUUAGUCGACAAUAAGAACAAAGACUGGAUGUUUGCAUCAGCCUGGCUUAUGGACUGGCCGGGGGAAUUCAGCGUGCAGAUCGAAGGUCAGAACGACAAUGGCCCAACCGACCUGACCCUAGAUGACAUCAGAUUCACUGGCUGUGCCUUGCCUGUGUCCUCCGACGAGUGUCUUCCUUACCAGAUGAAAUGUUCAUGGACAGGACUGUGUAUUGAACCGGACCUCUUGUGUGAUUAUACGAAUGACUGCGGUGACCUCAGUGAUGAACAGAAUUGUGGUGCAUACCCAGAAGUCUGUGGCUUUGAGGAAAAUCAACUGUGUCUCUGGACUCAAGAGCAUGAAAACGAUGACAUUGAUUGGCAGUAUGGGAGUGGCAUGACACCUGUUGGCAGUAGAACUUUCCUGACAGGCCCUCCCGUCGACCACACAACUCUACUCUCUGUUGGCCACUACAUGUACAUCACAAAUCCGUCCUCCCGUAAUGCAGAGGAAGAGAAGGACAUGAAAACAUACCGUGCUUGGCUCCUUAGCCCUGUUUUGACUGUGGAAGGAGACGAUUCGGUCAACUGCAAACUUCGAUUCCAUUACUACAUGUAUGGAGAAAAUAUACAGGAGUUGAAUGUCUACAUCGCAACGGAAUUGAAUGGAGAGAAGGUUCUGGCUUUCAGAAGGACAGGGGAACAAGGACAGUUUUGGGAUCGUGUAGUUGUACAGGCUGCAGUCUCUGAGGGCAAACCAUUCCAGUUUAUCAUUGAAGGAGUUGCUAGCAAUCUCGAAUUUACUGAUAUUGCUAUUGAUGAUCUCUCGUUCACACAAGUCUGCAAGCAAGUCAAUAGUACUCUCCCUAUAGGAUCCACUCCAAUGCCUCCAUAUAAUCCCUGUAGUGAUGAUGAAUUCUAUUGCAGGAUAAGGGAUGAGUGCAUUCCCAGUGCAAAUAGAUGCGAUUGGAAAGCAGAUUGCAGUAAUAAAGCUGAUGAAGAGAAUUGCGGUGAGUGUGAUUUCGAAUAUGGCAUGUGUGACUGGUCAGACGUUAGUGAAGGCCUCUUCCAGUGGAAACGUAUUGUUGCUAAGUCAAUAAGCGCAUAUGAGCACCCACAUCUAGAUCAUACUUAUGGAGUGCCCGAAGGACACUAUGUGUAUGUUGAGGGAGCAGAAGGUAUAGAGGGUAAGACAGCAGUCAUGGUGAGCCCACCUGUACAACACACAACAGGAUACUACUGUGAAUUGCAUUUUUGGGUGUACGUCAAGCAUGGUAUGAAUGCACACCUAGCUCUGUAUUAUCACAAUGAUUAUGAGGACAUUGAUCAUCUACUCUACAACUCAACGUACUCAGUAGACGAAGAACUAUGGUAUGAAGUCAUUGCACCGGCCAGACUUACACCAAGGAAGGCUUACUUCAAGUUGGCUGCAACUCCAGUCUUUGACCAGAGUAGUGACUGGGCUGCCUCUCACUCAGCUCUUGCAAUUGAUGAUAUUGAUUUCUUCAAUUGUAAUGAACUUCUUUUGGGACUGGACUGUGAUUUUGAAGAACCCGAAGAUUGUAACUGGAGGCAAGAUCACUCUGCAGAGCGAGAGUGGAAAAUGAGUGACAUAUACCACAGUCAGCUUGGCGACCACACUACGGGCGAGGGCAAGUACAUGUAUGUGGACUUUGUGACUCCGGCAAACAAAGGUGAUAAGGCAAGAAUAUUGAGUACAGCCCAAUCUGAGCCACAUGGUUCUAAGAACGUCUUCUCUCUGUGGUACUAUUUCUAUGGCGAAAAUGUUGGAACAUUCAGAAUUAUACAGAUGCUACAGAAUUCGAAACAAAAUGAAACUCUGUUUGAGCUCAAGGAUUCUCAAGAAGAUCGAUGGAUGUUAUUUGAAAAAAGUCUUGACCCAAAUGAUGACUUCACCAUUAUCAUCGAGGCAGAGUGGGAGGAGGCAGGCCUAGGAUUAGUGGCGAUAGAUGACAUAAAAAUGACUUCAAAGCUGAGCCAAGCUUUGUGUGACUUUGAAGAGGACUUUUGUCAAUGGAAACAGGGUGAAGGAGGCACCACAAUUUGGAAGAGGGACCGGGGCAAGCAUAAUGUGACUGAAAACCCUCCUGUAGAUCACUCUACUAAUACUGAAAUGGGAUAUUAUGCUUACCUAAAAAUAAAAGAAAAGCCUGAAAGAAGGGGAUUCCUGGAGUCUCCCUUAUACGAGUCUGUGGGUGUUCAGUGCCUUAGGUUCUGGUAUCAUUUGCUAGGAGAAAAGGUUGGAGAUUUGGCAGUGGCCUUGAAAGACCCAUUAAUAUCAGAUAAGUUUCUUCCUAUUUGGUCUCACGGAUCCAACACGUUUGAGAUGUGGAGCCUUGGCAUGGUAACGCUUCCAGACCUGCAGAAAUUUGUGGUAAGGUUUGAAGGUAUAACAGGAACAAACAACAUGAGUAGUAUUGCUUUGGAUGAUAUUGAAUUCGUCCCUGGCACUUGUCCUAGAAGACACGUAUGCGAUUUUGAAUAUGAUCUCUGUGACUGGUACAAUGCAGACAAUGAUGAUGACUCAUUUGACUGGGUGAGAGCUACAGGCAUAGAAGGCACAGGACCUCUGGUGGAUCACACAAUUAAUUAUGAGACAGGUCAUUACAUGCUUGCUAAGCUUGAAGGUAAGAAGAAAGGAGACUCUGCCAAGUUGUUUAGUGGUACAGUCCCUGCAAAACUCAAGUGCAUAACUCUGUGGUACUCAAUGCAACACAUAGUUGAUGCAACCCUCAGUGUUAAUCUAGUAGGGGAAGGUGAUGGAGACCCUCUGUUGCAGGUUUAUAACUCUUCCUUAGAAUAUCUGUGGGAAGAAGCAGUAAUAAUAACAGACAUAAUAUCAGACACAUAUGAAAUAGCAAUACUUCUCCUUGUUGAUGAAGAUAUAACAUUCUCUGAAUAUGAUGCAGUUGCAAUUGAUGAUAUUGCAUUUACUGAGAAUUGUCAGGUUAUCACUCUUCCCCCACCCUUAACUACACCUGAACCCACUCAUCUGCCGACGGUAUAUGACUGCGAUUUUGAGAAAAAAGACGACCCCAUCUGUUACUGGGAGCAAGAUAAAGAUGAUGGAUUUGACUGGAGGCACUGGCAAGGGACACCACCUGAUGGUGUGGAGACAGGGCCAGACACUGACCAUACUACCAUGACAAAGGACGGUCAUUACAUCUAUGCUUUUCCCAAUGAAUAUUCAAAUGGCAUUAGUCGAUUGAUCAGCCCUGACUUCAAUGUUGGUACUAGUGCUGCAUGUUUAUCUUUCUGGUAUCACAUGCAUGGAUUUGAAGUUGGGAAAUUAACAGUGAAAAUGGAGACAGGCAGUAAUCAUAGCAAAGCGCUGUGGGAAAGGUCUGGUGAGCAAAGUCGUGAAUGGAUUCAAGGUAAAGCCCAGUUUUCUAGUGGUGACAGUGGCAAGAUGAUAUUAGAAGCACAUGUUAAGUAUGCAGGGCGCGGCAAUAUUGCUAUUGAUGAUAUACUGUUUGAUUUCAGUCCAUGUAAGAGCAGUGGACUCUGUGACUUUGAGAAUGGUAUGUGCCAUUUUGAUCAGUCACUAGAAGAUGAAACUGACUGGGAUCUAGUAACAGCAAGUUUAGAUGAGGACUUAAAUGUCCCGAGCUCAGAUCAUUCCACUCAAGAGGCUGGAGGACACUACAUCAGGCUUACAGAUCCAGGAACAUCUAUGAUAUUCACUAAUGAGUUCGAUCCUAAAUAUAGUUGUGUCGAGUUCUGGGUAUAUCUGAAUGGCUAUGAGGGCUAUGAUGCAUCAACUCUGACAGUUUAUUCUCGCUUGGAUGGGAAUAUCAAUCCUGAACCUCUACUCUACAUUGGAGAUACCCUUGGACGCAGCUGGAACCACUAUGUUUUGCCUGUGGCACUUCCCAAACCUUACUCUCUUGCCUUUGAAGGCACUGUAAGAGGUGGGCAAUACAUAAUUGGUUUAGACGAUAUACAGCCACGCCUAGCAUGUGAACCAAUGAGUGAAUGUAAUUUUGAAGAAGAUCUAUGCAUGUGGAAAAAUAUGCCAGACGAUGACUUUGACUGGAUGCUUGGAAGUGGUGAUCAACUCACAAAUGUAAAUGCUCCACCAGUAGAUGUUACACUAGGAUCUCCUUAUGGAAGUUAUGCCUUUGUUGAUACAUUUAGUGCAGUAAAUAAGAACAAUAUCACUAAAGCAGUCUUGGAAUCUAACAUUAUGGAAGUAGAAGAUCGAUGUGUUAGUUUCUGGUAUCACAUUCAAAGUUCAGGGUCACCAAGUCUAAUUCUUAGUGUUAGAAAUGCAUAUGACACCCAACUUACUGAUGUGUGGACUCACAGUGGUACUCUAAUGGCAGACUGGACGUUUGUGCAAGUCAACAUAAGCAAAUACGAGAGAUAUGGCUUAAGAUUGAGUGCUACCUCAGAUCAUGGAGAAGUUGGAGUAAUUGCACUGGAUGAUGUUAAAGUGGAAAGUGGACUUUGUUCAAAUUCGUCACAACCAGACUGUGUGACAAAAUGUGACAACCUGUGUAUACAUGAGGAACAAAUGUGUGAUUUCAUACAGGACUGUAGCCUUGCACAAGAUGAGCGUUUUUGUGGAUACAACUGCACAUUUGAACAGAAGGGUGCUGACCAAGAACACUGCCAAUGGAGAACCAUCAAUGAAGAUCAUUCAGUGUUCAUAUGGCAACAGCUCUCAGGCAUAAUGAAUAAUACCUUCGGACCUCCAUUAGACCAUACAUUGCUUACACCUGAAGGACACUACAUGGCAGUUGUCCCAAUAACAGUCAAGUCCCGAGAGGGAGACCAAGCCAUCCUUCAGAGUCCAACGCUGCGAAAUUCUGCAGCUUACUGCCGCAUGCGUUUUUACUAUAUUGUGUAUGGAUCAACUGCAAAUGAUAUUGGGACUUUGAGAGUGGUAUACCAAGUUGAUGACAUAACUGUAGAAGUCGUGAAGUUUACUGGAAACCAGGGUGAUGAGUGGAGGGAAGGUAUAGCAUACAUUGGAAGAAUAUCAAACGAAUUCCAUGUAAUGUUUGAAGGAGGUCGUAAUCUAGAAGUGGGUGGUUAUAUAGCUGUUGAUGAUAUUUUGUUUGAAAACUGCUUCCUUCCUACACCACAGGAUCCUGGGGAAUGUACUGAAUAUGGAUGUAUCAAUAUGGCCUGUGUAUCAAUGUUUGAGCGAUGUGACUUUGUUGAUGACUGUGGAGAUUACUCCGAUGAGGACACUGAGUUAGCAGAUUGCUAUAAAUUUUAUGCCAGAUGUGACUUUGAAGAUGGGAAUCUCUGUGAGUGGGACACUGAAAAUGAGAACAACUGGCUGCUUGGAUCUCCAGACACUCAGGAUAUUAUUCCACCACGGGAUCAUACAACUAACACACCUAUGGGAACCUACCUUUACAUUGAAAGUACACAGAGUAAUAUAAAUGCAACAGCUGGCUCUCUUGUAAGUCCUGUCAUAAAAUGGGAGCGGUAUGAGCCUAAUGCUCCUCCAUGCAUAUUGCGUUUCUUCUACUAUAGUGAUGGACCUGCAGUGGACAGUCUAGUGGUAUCUACAAGGAGUACAGUCAAUGGGCCACUAACUGCUCAUUUGACAAUAAAAGAGGCUGUGGGUCCUUACUGGGAGAGAGCAGAAGUGUAUGUGCCACCUCAUUACAUAAUGGAUAGCCCUGUCCAGUAUGUCAUCAAAGCGGCAACUUUAGAGUAUACAGAAGAGCAACGAUCUGUGAUAGCCAUCGAUGAUAUAUCUUUCAGUGAGACCUGUGGUAAAGGGGGUUAUCUGCCUACUGGACCACCUGUUGUCACCACAACUACGUCCGGUCCAUGCAGCAAUGAUUACCAGUGUGAAAAUGGAGCUUGUAUCCCCAUGGACCGUGUUUGCAACUUCAUUAAUGAAUGCAUGGAUAACUCAGAUGAAAGAACGUGUGCUGAGUGCACCUUUGAUGAUGGCAUUUGUGGAUGGCAAGAUCAGAGUCAUGGUGCAUAUUUUUGGUCCCGAGAAGAAUCUCCCACUGAAGGGCUUGCAGGCCAAGUCAUGAUUGCAGAAGAAAGGUUUGGCAGCAUUUCACCAUCAGCUGACCUUGUAAGUGUACCUCUUGGCCGGUCUUAUGUAUCAUGUGUUAUGUCUUUCCGUUAUUACAAACGGGGAGGAGAGAACGGUGGAUCGGCAUUACGUGUAUAUCUGAAAAGCAAUUUAGGAAAUGAGUACACAAUAUGGUCUGUUCUUAGUGAUAUGGGAUCAGAUUGGCAUGAACAGACUAUUGGAAUAGGCGAACACGAAGCAGGCUGGAGUCUGAAAUUUGAGGCAGAUAACUAUGAAAAGGAGGGACUGAUAAUGAUAGAUAACAUUCACUUCAUUAACUGUUCUGUCCCAGAACCAACAAUAUGCAAACCUGAUGAGUUCAGUUGCUUAAAUGGCAACUGCAUUGAUCACAGUGCUCUUUGUGACUUCAGUGAUGACUGUGGAGAUAAUACAGAUGAGCUUGGUCUCGUAUGUGAAAAAUAUCCAGAAAGGUGCACCUUUGAAGAGGACUUCUGCAGGUGGGAACAAGAGAGCAGUGAACUCCAGUGGAUUCGAAAGAAUGGCGAUACAUUAGCAGAGGAUGUAGGCCCAGAUUAUGAUCACACAUAUGGAAAUGAUACAGGAUAUUACUUGUAUUUGGAAAGUGCCAUUGGCUCAACAGGAAAGUAUGGCCGAAUAUCUAGCACCUCCUUCUAUCCUUCAGCAGGCGAGUGUGAAUUCAGGUUCUGGUACAUGAUAAGAGGUAAACAGAAUGUCGUCUUAACUGUAUAUGCAGUUGAAACAUCUGUGAAUUCACAGAGGCUACAGAAAGAAAUAUUCCACACGACAGGAUCUGAGGAGUAUCUGUGGGAAAAGGUAGCUGUCUCUGUUAAUUUUGCGCGAUAUUUCAAGAUCAUGUUUGAGGGUAUAGUAGGAGAGCCAGUCACUGGAGACAUUGCCAUUGAUGACGUUUCAUUUUCACCAGAUUGUCAGAUAACCACACUACCACCAGGACAGUGUCCAGAGGACGAGUUUCUGUGUGUAGAAUCCAAGAUAUGUAUACUUAAGACAAAAGUGUGUGACUUCCGCUAUGAUUGUCAAGACGCUAGUGAUGAGGUCAUGUGUCCAUCUUAUUGCAAUUUUGAAGUGGAUUCGUGUGGAUGGCAAGAAGCUGUCAAUGAUAGUCUCAACUGGGUAGUAGCAAGGGCUAAUGAUAGCUCCUUUGGAACAGAAAAUGGUGGUCCAUAUGAGGAUGCAACGCACCUGAAGGCAGGACAUUUCCUUCUCCUUUAUAAGACCAGUGAAAAUGUAAAAGAUCAAGAUGGUUAUACUCAUACACACUGGUAUCAGAACUCUGCCCCAUUAUGUCGAUUCAAGUAUUGGUACUACAUGAAUGGAGUCCUGGGAUCUGAUGUAGUUCUUCGACUGAACAUUACGCCGGAAAUCUUCACAAACUUGACCUUCUUCAACUCAAAUUCUAAUGAAGAUGGAAAAUGGCUGUCUGAUGAGGUUGGUAUAGGUAGACAGAAAUCACCAUUCCAGGUAUCCCUGUACAAGAUUCCAUCCAAUGAUUACUAUGGGAAGUUCGCCAUUGAUGAAGUGAAGUUCGAGAAUGACUGCCACUAUCCUGACCCACAACCAGAUGACUGCGAUUUGGGCUUCCUUUGUCCCAUCACACAGGUGUGUGUCUCUUUGGAGAACGUGUGUGAUUUGAGCGACGACUGCGGUGAAGGGGAAGACGAGGCUACGGGACAGUGCAAGGAAUACCACAGGUACACACUCGAGGAAAAUAGUUGGAAGGACUGGUUUGAACAAGGGGAGAACGGUGUCGAUGACGACUUCGACUGGACAUUGUGGAGUGGAAGCACGGAUGUUUUGGGCAUGGGCCCCAACUUCGACCAUACAACAUUCAGUCACGCUGGCCACUACCUUUACCUUGAUGCCUCACUCAUAUACAAUAAGGUAGCCUGGCUGAAGACCAAGCCAAUGAAAACUAAAUCGACGUGUUUCUUCACUUUCUAUACCCACAUGUAUGGUGAAGAAGUAGGAUCUCUCUCAAUACUUCUGAAAGACGCUUCUUCGGCAACAAAUCUGCUGAUGAACAUGACCGGCUCCCAAGGAAACGUGUGGCGGAGGGUUUCCUUUAUGGUAGACGCAGGAUCCGUGGGCGAGGAAUUCCAGUUGAUCAUCGAAGGGCGUGUGGGCGAAAAGGUGCUCGGGGACAUUGCUAUUGACGAUUUCGUGUUUUCGCCGGAGUGCAGGUAA